CUCCUCUGCCUCCUAGGUGGGCCGAUAACUUCAGCGCAGCUGGCUGCAGUGGGAAGGAGGAGCACAGCUUCCAGCACCCCUUCCUGCAGGCUGUGGGCAUGUUCCUGGGUGAAUUUUCCUGCCUGGGGGUGUUUUACCUGCUGGUGUGGAGGGAUCGGCGGAGGCCGGAGCCCAGCAUGGCCCCGUCGCAACCCUUCAGCCCGCUGCUUUUCCUGCCCCCCGCCCUCUGCGACAUGACUGGGACCAGCAUCAUGUAUGUGGCCUUGAACAUGACCAGUGCCUCCAGCUUCCAGAUGUUGCGAGGAUCUGUCAUCAUCUUCACUGGGCUCCUCUCCGUGGCUUUCCUGGGCCGCAAGCUGGAGCUGAGCCAGUGGUUGGGCAUCCUGGUCACCAUCGUGGGGCUGGUGGUGGUAGGGCUGGCUGACCUGCACAGCUCCCAUGACCAGAAACACAACCUCAGCCAGGUGAUAACUGGCGACCUGCUUAUCGUCAUGGCACAGGUGAUUGUCGCCAUCCAGAUGGUGCUGGAGGAGAAGUUUGUCUACAAGCACGACGUGCACCCGCUGCGGGCCGUUGGCACCGAAGGUUUCUUUGGCUUCAUCAUCCUGGCCCUGCUGCUGUUGCCCAUGUACUACAUCCCGGCAGGCAGCUUCAGUGGGAACCCUCGGCGGACACUGGAAGAUGCCCUUGAUGCCUUCUGCCAGGUUGGCCACCAGCCCCUGAUCGCCCUGGCCCUGCUGGGUAACAUCAGCAGUAUCGCCUUCUUCAACUUCGCCGGCAUCAGCGUCACUAAGGAGAUCAGUGCCACCACCCGCAUGGUGCUGGACAGCCUCCGCACCCUCGUCAUCUGGGCCGUCAGCCUGGCUGUGGGCUGGGAGACCUUCCACGGCCUGGAGAUCUUGGGGUUCGGGGUGCUGCUGGUGGGGGCUGCUCUUUACAACGGCCUGCACCGGCCCCUGCUCGCCUGCCUGCCCCGGAACACAGAUGAGGCCGGCACAGUGGCCGAACGGGAGGGUUUGCUGCGGGGGGAGAGCCCGGCCAUCAACAGCGAGAGCUGAGCACGCACUGCCCAUGUCCGGCUUGGUCCUGGGUUCAUUGCCCUGGAUGAUCUCUCCUCCCCUCAU